AUUAUCAUUUAUUUACAACUCGUAAACGUGUACUCGGGCUUGGCUUUGGGAGGUAAACACCUGAAAGCCUUCUACGUGAUUGGUUGGGGAGUUCCGGUUGUCCUUGUCCCUAUAUUAGUCGGUGCAAAUGAUCGAAAAGAUUUUAUAACCGAUCGUGCCUGCUGGUGCCGUGGUGAUGGUGCGUUGUUUUGGACAUUUGUCUGUACAAUAAUCGUGGUCUUACUGAUCAACUUGGUUAUUUUCGUUUUGGCGUUAAGAAAUGCUUUAUCCUCCAGCCAAAUAAGAACCCCUCAUUCAGAAGCUGACACAAAGCUGAGAAAAGCAAAAAUUGGUGUCAAAGGUUCGGCCAUCCUUCUUCCAAUACUUGGACUAACCUGGGUGUUUGCUUUGUUGGUGUUCAAUCGUGAUGCAAUUUUCUUUAAAUAUCUUUUCGCGAUAUUUAACUCUCUCCAAGGCCUAAUGAUAUUCGUUUUUCAUGUGCUGAUAAAUAAAAAGGUUCAUGACGCAAUUAGCAGUGUAAAGAAAGCCAGAAAUGCAAGGGACACCAAUGCCAAUGUCGCUUUAACUGUUGCAACAACUGAAACCAGCCCUACCAAAUCAAAAAUUCCAACAGUUUCUGUUUUCGUGGAACAGGACAACAAAUCACUGGAUGGCGAAAAGUUUAUUCUCACUCCUUUAAAAUCUUAG